AUGGCGAUCGUAACUGUUCAAGUUGGCGAGCCCAAGCAAGGCGAAGGCGCCCCAAGAAGAAGAGCCGCCCAGAGAGACGCCCCCAUCGAGAGACCCCUUGACUCCAAGGCAACGACUCUCCCAGAGUUCAUUGAGGAGUGUGUCAAGAGAAACGGCGAUAGAAAGGCAAUGGGCUGGAGAGAGUUGAAGGAGAUUCAUGUGGAGACCAAGAAAGUGACCAAGAUCAUUGAUGGCGAGGAGAAGAAAGUGGACAAGGACUGGGAGUACUAUGAGAUGUCUUCGUACAAGUACCAAACCUAUCCUGAGGUGCUUGGCUUGAUCAAGCAAUACGGUCAUGGUUUAGUGAAAAUUGGCGUCAAGCCUAACCAGGAGAACAAAUUGCACAUCUUUGCAUCCACUUCUCACAAGUGGAUGAAGACCUACUUGGCUACUCAGACCCAGAACAUCCCCAUUGUCACGGCGUACGACACUUUAGGCGAGAGUGGCUUGACCCACUCCUUAGUGCUCACAGAAUCCAAUGCAAUUUUUACCGACAACAAUCUUUUGGGCGCAUUGGUGAAUCCUUUAAAGAAGGCUGAGAAAGUUAAGGUGAUUAUUCACUCGGAGAAGAUUGACCCUGAAGACAAUCGUAACGGUGGCAAGCUCUACCGUCAGGCCCAGGAAGCCAAGGAGAAGAUCCAGGAAAUUCGCCCUGACAUCAAGUUCUACUCCUACGACGAGGUGGUGGAGGCCGGAAAGGACAAGGCUGACGAGGAAGUGAAGUACACUGCUAAACCUGAUGACAUUUCUUGUAUCAUGUUCACCUCUGGUUCCACAGGUGAUCCAAAGGGCGUGCUCUUAACACACGCCAACGUUGUUGCUGGUGUGGCAGGUCCAUCCACUUGUGCUGGUAGAGAUUUGAUCACCAAAAAUGACCGUGUCAUUGCGUUCUUACCUUUGGCACAUAUUUUUGAGUUGGUGUUCGAGCUUCUUUCUUUCUGGUGGGGCAGUUGUCUUGGUUACGCUAAUGUCAAGACGUUGACUGAUACCUCUGUCAAGAACUGUAAAUCUGACUUGCAGGAGUUCAAACCCACUAUCAUGGUUGCUGUUGCUGCUGUGUGGGAAACCGUCAGAAAGGGUAUCUUAGCCAAGGUCAAGGCCUUACCUCUUGUUACUCAGAAGAUCUUCUGGGCUUCUUAUAAGGCCAAGUCUAUUAUGACCAACAACAAAAUCCCUGGUGGCUCCCUUUUUGACAUCAUUUUUAAGAAGGUGAGAGCCGCCACCGGUGGCCAUUUGCACCAUGUCUUCAAUGGUGGCUCUCCGGUGUCCAGGGAUACUCAGGUAUUUAUUUCUACUUUGAUCGCCCCAAUGUUGGUUGGCUACGGUUUGACUGAGACUUGUGCUAACGCGACUAUUCUCGAGCACAACCAUUUGGAGUAUGGUAGUGCUGGUACCCUUGUGGGUUCAGUCACAGCAAAGUUGAUUGAUGUGCCUGAGGCUGGAUACUUUGCCAAGGAUAACCAAGGUGAAAUCUUGUUAAAAGGUGCCCCAAUUACUAAGGAGUACUACAAGAAUCCCAAGGAGACCAGCGAAGCUUUUACUGAAGAUGGUUGGUUCAAGACAGGUGAUAUUGGUGAGUGGGACAAGAACGGCGCCUUGAAGAUUAUUGACCGUAGAAAGAACUUGGUGAAGACAGCUAAUGGUGAAUAUAUUGCAUUGGAAAAAUUGGAAUCGAUUUACCGGUCCAACUCUAUUGUGUUGAAUAUUUGCGUUUAUGCUGACCAGAACAAGGUCAAGCCAAUCGCCAUUGUGAUUCCCAACGAAGCCGCUCUCAAGAACCACAUCAAGGACGAGAAGGUCUACAGCGAGGCCGAGUUGCAAACGAAAGAGCUCGCUGUCUUAUGCCACGACAAGAAGGUGAUCAGCUCUGUUCACAAGUCAUUAGAGGCUACUGGUAAGGCUCAAGGCUUGAAGGGUAUUGAAUUGAUUCAAAAUGUUGUUCUUGUGGAUGAUGAGUGGACUCCACAAAAUGGAUUUGUCACUUCUGCUCAAAAGUUGCAAAGAAGAAAGAUUUUGGCUGCCUACAAAAAAGGUGUUGAAGAGGCUUACAAAUAG